AUGGUGGCUCGCAACAGUGCAGCGAAGCGAGCGGUGAAACAAUGGAAAAAUCGGCUGAAAUCCGGUGCCGGCUUGGUGGCGGCGAUACUGUUACUUUGUGGCUCACUGUUCGGUGGUGGUCAGUGUCAGGUGGAAGAAGUGGAUGAUUUCGGUGCGCAGCAUCACCCUGAUCGUGAUAUCGAGCACGUGCCGGCGCCGAGCAGUAAGGAGAUCAUUACGAAUCACAUCGUUUCGGGUGGCGUCGGUGAUGACGAUGGGGCGAUCGGUGGUGCCAGUGAUUCACACUAUCAAUAUCCGGGUGAUACGGCCGGCGAUCGUGAUACGGCCGGCGAGAAGUAUACGGAGAUCGUCGGUGAUGUGGUACUGGGCGAGAAGGUUCUGCGGGCCUCCGAGAGUCCUUACUCGCUCCGCACGGACCUGGAGGUGGAACGGCGGGCACGGUUAAUCAUCGAGGCCGGUGUAUCGAUCCACUUUGCCCCGAUGGUUGGCAUCACGGUGCGCGGUUCGAUGGUGGCCAUGGGCACUGCGGAGAACAAAAUACACCUCACGACGCUUCCCAAUACCGGCUACGAAGAUGUUCCGUCCGAUCCGCGCGAAGCCGGCGUUCGCUUGGUGGACGGUCCCAGUCCGCUCGCCGGUCGCCUCCAGCUGCUCAACCGGGGCAAGUGGCGAUCGGUUUGCUCAAACUCCAAGAACUGGACGAUCGCUGACUAUGAGACCACAUGCCGACAGAUGGGCUUCAAGGGAGGCCGCUUUUGGAACUGGAUGGAUCGCAUCCCGAACUACGAGCCACGGUUGCUGUACGAAGAGCCACACUGUCGCGGGACCGAGGGUUCGCUGUUUGAUUGCGCCUGGGCCACGAAGCAGGUCGGCUCGGGGGUCUGUGAUUAUCACAGCGACAUCGGGGUGCAGUGUUUGCCGCUCUUCGACCACGUGACGCCCCACUGGCGGGGCCUUCGGUUCGAGAACGCCGAAAGCAAAGAAACGCUCUCGUACAACCACGUGCUGUAUGAUUCCAUUUCGUUGUCUCAGCUGCGCCACGUUGACAUUGUUCGGGCGGGGACGGGUCGAGGAGGAGCGGCCGAUGCGGCCGUGAGUGUCCUCGGGGUGCCGCCCGUCCUGGAGCACGUCACCAUCGACCACUCGUCGUACACGGGCAUCAACGUGACGCGGCACGAUGCAGCGUUCAGCUUCCGAAAUGUGACCGUCAGACGUAGCGGAGGAUUCGGGAUCUUCAUGAACUCGAGCUACGGAUCGGCCCACCUGGAGGGUGUGACCGUGAGUGAGAACGGUGCCGAUGGUAUCCGGUACGUGGGCCACGAUCUGCGGUCAUCGGAGCGAACCGAUCGGAGUAAGGUGUUCGAUUUUUGCACCCUAACGACGACCGCGUGGCAGAUCUAUCCGCUGCAGCUGUCCUUCGAGCAGUCCCCGUUUGCGCUUUCGCCGAAGGAGUGUGCCCGAUCGUUCGAGACCGGCUUCGGGUACGUGCUGACGAUGCAUUUUGUGUACUUCGAACUGACACGCAACGAAACGGCCCACAUCUCGGUGUACGACGGGAUGUCGGAGAACGAUCGGUUACUGGCGUCGUGGAGCGUGCGCAAUUCGACGCGGCCGCAGAGUGUGACCAGCACGCGGGAGAAACUGUUCAUAAAGCUGCGUGCCGACGCGAGGUCCGCGGUUCUGGCGCACUUCCGCGUGUCGUCGGGCAUCACGAAGGCGUUCGAUCUAAACGUCACCCAGGGGACGAUCGUCGACAACGGGGGACGAGGCAUUGCGGUGGACAACUUGCGGUCCCAGGUGCACGUGCACUCGUCCACGAUCGCGAAUAAUCGGCACGCGGCCGGGCUGCAUGUGACGAGCGGAGUGGGCGACGUAAAUGUGACGGACUCGCGGAUCACCUUUAACCAGGGCGAUGGAAUUAAUAUCACGUAUUUCGGUGGCAAUCGGAACAUAUCGCGCAGCUCGAUCGCUUCGAACCGUGGCUACGGGUUCGCGGUGUGGCUUAACCAGACGACGGUGGACCGGCGAGAGUUUCUCGAGUUCAACCAGACCACGACGGUGGAGUAUUCGACGUUUGUGAAAAACCUCGAAGUGGGCGUCCUGCACGGGAACUACUGUGGCGAUGCGUGGGUCAACGUGACCGGGAACUGGUUCAACGACAGCACGAGCGAUGCGAUCGACGUCCAGUCGUGCUGGUUCGAGACGCCGGACAACCGCCGGCUACGGUUGCAGAUCGGACACAACAGCUUCGAGCACUCGAACCGGCUAGCGAUCAUCAUCAGCCCGAUCUUGAAUCUGGACGGACGGAUCGAGUACAAUCACUUUUCGCGCGGUCGCUACGGAGCCCUUCUUACGCGCAACCGACCCUGGGAAGAAUUCCGGGCCCUUCCGGUGCGACUCGUCGUGCAGCACAACCACUUCCUCGGCAACGAAGGAAUCUACGUGGCUUCGCUCGGAUUGUCCCCGAACACCGACCGCGGGACGCAGUGGAUGCUGUUUACGCGGAAUUUUGUCAAGGGCAACCGGGUUAAGGAAGCGUUCGGACCGCUCGAAGCCGAAGGUGGUGAGGGUCUCGGUGGUGAAGGGCGACUAAAUCCGCGAUCGCGUGUUGCCGCCCCGGUCGUGAUCUCGUCCAACAACGUGGACGUGUUCCGGAACAUCAUCUCGAACCACGAGUCCCAGUACGAGGUCGGCUCGCAACUGUCCGACCAGAGCAAGGCACUGAACGUGACGUACAACUGGCUUGGCAACCAGGACGAAGAGCGGAUCUACGAUCGGCUGUUCCACCGCAAAGAUCGGUACGAUCUGGCGAAGAUCGAGUACUUCCCGUACCUGUUGCACCACUCGAACCCGGGCACACAGACGAUCGCCCAGUACCAGAAGUUUGUGCCGUUCUUUCACAAGGAGGGCAGCGAACGGAUCGGUGGCGAGGUGGACGGCCAGGAGAUACUGCCCGCGGGGACGUACACCGUCGAGCGGGACAUUAACGUGCGCCCGGGGGGCAAACUGAUACUGAACUCGGGCGUGACGCUAAACUUUGCACCGAGCGUCGGCAUGAUGGUGACCGGGAAGCUGGAGGCGCGGGGCCGCUCGCCGGACGAUAUUCUGUUUACGCUCAAGCGGGAACCGGUCAUGAUGGACAACGAUACGACGGAAGCGAUCGCGGAAGAUCCCGAGUUUGCGAUGGACAUCGAGACGGAAUCGAUCGUCGAGAAGGCUCCACAGGAACCGCCACAGAUCCCGCGGGUGCCGGUGCGGCUCGUAGGCGGGGCGAAUGAUCACGAGGGACGGUUGCAGGUGUACGUGGAGGGCGUGUGGGGGACGGUGUGUGAUUACGGGUGGACCAUCACGAACGCGGCGUUAGUUUGCCACCAACUCGGGUUGGCGCUGAAUCCGACCGAUUGGCGAUUGCAGCGAUCGGAAGUGCCGGGUGCGGGGACGAGCGAGGAUGUACUGCUGUCGCAUGUCCGCUGCACGGAGCACGAUAUCGACGUGACGCGGUGCCGUGCGGAGCGCGCCUCCCGCGGGGACUUUGAGAACUCGUGUGGCCACGAAAACGACGUCGGUGUGCGGUGCUACGAGGGAGCCUGGGCAGGGCUACGGUUCGGGGUGCUGGCCGAGCGGGCCGAUCUGCAGUACGUGACGAUCGAGAAGGCCGGUCUGUUUGACUACAUGACCAACGCCUUCAAGCCGGCCCUGCAGAUGGACCUGGCGCGCCACAAUCUGGACAGUGUGCGUGUGGUCGAGAACCUGCAGGAUGGGCUGGGAAUUAUUUACUCGGACAUUUACGCCGGGUCGUCGGUGAAUAAUGUGAAGAACUCGGAGUUCUCCGGUAACCGUGGCAAUGGCAUCAGCAUCAAGCAGCUGGGACUCAAGGUGCACGGCAGCGUCAUCAAGGACAAUCGAGCAUCGGGUGUCCAUCACGAUCAGGUCGUGUCGUCGCUGGAGCAGCGUGAAAUCACGAGCUGGUUCAGCAUGGUGCCGGACUUUAACGUGGACGAUUCGGACUAUCGGCCGAUCCUGGUGCCGGAAGCGACGGUCAGCAACAUCGACAUCGAUCAGUGGCAGAUUAAGCACAUCAUCACGACGCCGGUUCGGGGCGAUGAGCCGGUCGACAAGCAGAUCGUGAUCCGGUGCCAGCCGGGCUACGUGAUCGGCGUGCAGUUGCUGAAUCCGAUCGAGAAUCGGUCGACGGAGAACAUCUGGCUGUACGACUCGCUGAUGCGCAGUACCGAGUCGGACAUUUGGCAGGUGAAGCGCGAUCUGUCCGUGUUCCCGCUCACCACCAGCAGCUACGGGGCCAUCCUGCAGUACCGCAGUGGAGCGAACGCUCUCGGCGGGGCCGUACUGGUGCUCCGUUCGAUCCAGGCCCCCGUGCAGAACGUGUACAAUCGGAUCGUGCGUGGUCCGGUGCCGACGCUGCAGAUAACGUCGACGAAGAUCCAACGGAACUUCCGCGGCAUCACCGGGACGUACUACAAUCGGUAUCUGGGCGAGAAGGGUGAACUGUAUCUGCGGAAGGCCAACGAAUCGAUCAAGCUGGUCAACUGUGAGCUUAGCCACAACCGGGAAGAAGCGAUGCUGAUCCACUCGCCGUUCUGGGACGUGCACGUGAGCAACAUCUCAGAGAUCACGAUCCACAUCAACAACAGUUUGAUCCGUGACAAUGGCCGUGGAGUGCGUCAGUUUUCAAAGGAUCUACGCUCCUCGAAUAACUUGUUCCAUUACGUGCUGCAGGACACGACGAUCGAGAGUAACUCACUCGGGGGGCUCGAACUCAGCUUGCCUUACGUUUGGCAGUACAAUGAAAACUUUACGCACUCCGUGUUCCUGGGGAACGAUACGUGGGCUCGGAAUCGCAAGUUUGCCGUUCUGAUCGAUGGCCACUAUGCGGCCGUCAACAUUUCGUCCAACAUCUUCACCGAGAACGUGUGCGCCCAGGGUCUGAUCGGGUUCCGCGGGAUGGAGAAGAAGAUGCGGAUCGAUAAUAAUCGGAUCACGCGCAACUACGGUGCGUACAUGGUCGAGUUCCGGUCGGACAGUCAGAGUGAGAUCCUGGGCGAGAUACCGGCCCUGCUGGCGUUUAACCAGAUCGAAAGCAACGAGCAGGCGAAGGACACGCGAUCGACGAUGCGCAACUUUAUCCGCGGCGAGCGGAGCAACGCCAACGAUCCGACGUGUGUGAUCGGGUUCGGUGGCGUGCAGAAGGUGCAGAUCUAUCGGAACGUGAUCUCGAACAACCAGCAGGACUACGAUCUGAUUGCGGGCGUCAAGUCGGCCCGGUUGCGGAACUAUUUGGACGCCCGCGAGAACUGGUGGGGCAGCCGGGACGAGCUGCACAUCCGGCGGCGGAUAUUCGAUUUCGACGAUUGGAACAAUCACGCGGAAGCACUGUACCGGCCGUAUCUGGUGGAGGACGUGACGGACGGGAGUAUCUCGGUAAGCAGUGGGCCACUUCCGCCGGUCGAUCUGGAUGCGCUCGGGGGCCGAAUACUGGAGAACCUAUCGAUCUACCGGCGACCGACGCCGUACGUGGUCCGGUCGGACAUUACCGUGAUGCCGGGCGUUACGUUCAGUAUCUACCCGGGGGUCGUGAUGGAGUUUGCCCCGAACGUGGGCAUUCUGGUGCUGGGGACGUUGUUGGCGCGCGGAUCGAGCGAUGCCGAGGUGAUCAUGAAACCGAUCGAGAACGCCUCGGAAGGGCUGCGGCGGGUGGAGCGAUCGUUGGAGAACAUGGUCAAUUAUGACUCGAUUCGGCUCUGUACGAACAGGAAUUGCUCGCAGGGUGAAUCGGAGAACGAGCGGGCCAAGGAGGGCUUUCUGGAGUACUACAACCACACGACGCUCCAGUGGAUCCCGAUCUGCGAUCGGCGGUUCACGGAGCGGAACGCGCAGGUCGUUUGCCGGGAGCUGGGCUACGAUCCGCUCGAUGUGUUCUUCGGGCACGACCGGAGGAUCGAGUUUCACACGAACUCGCUCACCCGCAUCUGGUCCUGGGUCGAACCGAUGGAGUGCCACGGGGACGAGGCGCGCCUGGAAGAGUGUCCGGAGCGGCUCAAUGGCCAACUGUACGGGCGGCGCCACGAGUGCCAGUGGGACUCGGACUUUGUGUUCAUCAGCUGCAACGGAGAGCCGGAAACCCGGCACCGUUACUGGGGCGGUGUCCGCUUUGCGAACCCCGACUUCGAGGCCAGCCUGUACGAGGAUCGGCUCCACGAUACGGUCACACACGCGACCAGUCAGCCGGUGGAAAGCGUGAUGGACAGCGUUCGGAUCGAUCGCGCCGGAAUGCUGCACGGUGAAAAGUCGCCAGCCGUGCAGACGAUCGCCAAGAAUCCGAGCAUCAGCUCGGUGUCGAUCCACGACAGUGCCCACCAUGGGGUGAACCUGAUCUCGCCGACCAACGCGAUCCACCUGAACCACCUGCGGAUCCUGCGCGCCCUCGGCCAGGGCAUCAACGCGAUCUCGCUGACGGGCGAGGGUCGCGAGAGUGACGAAUCGAGCUACAGUCCGCUGCGGGACCUCGACCUACCGUACAAUCUGUUCUCCAUGAUCGACAUCUGCGACACGAACAAGGAGAUCACGCUCGAGGAGCGCGUCCUGGUGUACUACAAGUACGACAACAAUCCGGUCAAUUGCGUGAAGAUCUUUAAGAGUGCGUACCGCGUGAAACCGCUCGGCUUUCGGUUGCUGCAGUCGAAUCUGUUCAACCACUCGAAGGAGUACGGCCGCCGGGACAUGAUCCAGCUGAUGGACGGGGACAUCUACAAUGUUUCGGCGCGCACGAUCGGCACGGUCGAUGCGGAUUCGGACAACCAGAAGCGAUUGUUCCGCGCGAUCGAACCGGCCCUCAGCGUGCGGCUGAUUGCCAGCGGAGCUCCGGCACGGCACGGAUUCAUUGCGGAGGUCGUCACGCUACCGAUAUCGGCCAUCGGUUUCAAUCGCGAUGCGCAGCACAACAUUUCGAAUACAGAAAUUGUGGGCUGUGUCGGGGGUGCCCUUCAGUACACAUCGGUCGGCGAGGUGUCCCCGAUACUGACGCUCGAGCGGAACCGGAUUAUGCGCAACUGUCGCCAGCUGUACGGCAACUUCUCUUCGUGCGAGUCCGCCAUCCGGGUCGAUGUGCAGAACAUGCAAUCGUUGCACUUUAGGAACAACCUGGUCGAGGCGAACCAAGGUGGCGUAAUGGUUCGGGCCGAUUCUCGUGGGUCGGCCACGUCACUGCGCGGUUGGAUACAUCACAAUCUGUUCGUACGCAAUCGUAACCGACCAGCGAUCCACGUCGAUGGGCGACAAUCUUCACCGUACCAGGAGGUGAUCAUACACAACAACUACAUCACGCAAAAUGAUGCCACCUUCCGGGAUGUGAUCGUGUUGCGGCAGGUCGUGUCGAACUUUACGUACAACUACGUGCACCGGAACAAGGGCUUGAGGAUCGUGCAGGUGUCCGGGUUCGAUCGCGUCCGUUUACCGAUCUAUCAGACGACCACACACAACGGGUUCUAUGAUAACGUUGCCAGUGAUUGGGCGGGACGGGCCACGAUUGUCGCCGGGACGGCCGGCCAGCACUACAUCGACAACAUUUUCGCCAACCCGGACAACGAUUACGAAAUAAUAACCGUCAACCGGUCAAUAAUUGAUUUCCAGUACUGGAAUAGCACGCUGGACGUGUGGAAGACGAAAAUCGAUGCCCGACACAACUACUGGAGUUACAACGAAACACUGGCCGUUAGUUCUCGGAUACGCGAUCGCCUGGAUGAUCCGCAGCUGCUCGAGGUGUCGUACCUGCCGCUGCACAUGAACAAUCUGACCGUGCUGGAUGGCAAGUGCCCGCCCGGGUGGACACUGCUGAUCGACACGUGCUACAUGUACGUCGGAGCUCCGAUGAGCUUCCGUGAGGCGCGAGACUUUUGUCGUUCGGAUAACGCCUCCCUCCCGUUCAUCCACGGCGAUGCGACGCUGUUGUGGCGGUUCCUCGAUCAGCAGUCGCGGUACCUGCGUAACGUCGAGCGGGUUUGGGUGCAGGAUGCCAACUACAUCGAUCGGUGCACCUCGUUCAUCUACCAGAACGUGGAGGUCGAGGAGUGCCACAAUCGGCAUGCGUUCCUGUGCGAAAUCGAUCCGAAAGUCGAGAUUGAUCCCCUCCACUGGACGGCUAGCCUGGAGGUGAUCGGCAUCAUCGUGGCCCUUGCCCUGGUCAUUGUCCUUAUUUGCACCGUGUGCGUUUGCUGGUGCUGUAAGUCACGUUACCGGCAGGAGCAGCGCCUUCAGCGACGCAACAGCAUCCGCCAAAGCAUGCGAAGUCUGAACAGUAUCGAUCCCCAGGGAUCGCUUCGUAGACGAAACUAUGCAAUGUCCCGUUCGACGGAUACCCUGCGAACGGCCACCACGAACGACUACAAACGAAUGGCAUCGAACGGUUCGAUCGAAUCCGUGGACAAGAGUGUACUGAGCACGGAAACCGGCUACGACAUGUACGAUCACAAGCAGAAGCAACAGUACGGCAACGAGUACGCCGAGCAGCUUAAGGCUCAACUCGGUUACAGUGACAGUAACGGGGGCACGGGGGCUACCUCCGAGUAUCUGCCGGCGGCCGGUCACAGUAGUGCCGCCAACAGUCCCCUGAAAACGAAGGUUUACGGAUUGCCCGACUAUAGUAGCCACCACGGUGGUGGAGUGGGUUCGGCCAUCGAGCUGGCCUUCCGGAACGAGGGUUUUCGCGACACUUCCACAACCUAUUCCGGCGUAACGCGCAACAACUCUAUCAACACUGUCAUCAACGAGGACACACCCAUCAUACACGCCCCGGGAGGUGGCGACGAUCUCGAGGAGUCCGGUUCCGACUACUACGGAAACUCGAGCACGCUGCCGAUACGCCCGAUGCCCGAUAAACUGUCGUUUCUGCACGAACUGAAGCAACAUUUGCCCGAAUACGAACCCCCGUCACCGAUUAGCCACAGCAGUUUUCAGCCGACACGCAGCUCCCAGUCCGACUCGAUGUCCACGGUCAGCGGGCUGGCGUAUGGUGGCGGUGGGGCGAUGGCCGCUGGUCAGCGUAUACCACCAAGACCGGCGCCUCCCGUCGCUCACGUUUACCAGCAACCGUCAAUACAGGUACGGCGACCAGCUCCACCGGAGCCGGAACAGAUGCGGCGUCCGGAUUCGUACAUGAAGGCGGUCAAAAAGUACGCCCAACCCGGGGGCCGAGAACGCGAGUCGAUACUGCCGCCACCGCGCAGCGAUAGCCAGCGGCCCAAAACGCUGUACGAGUCAUCCGGAGAGCAUCCGGUUCCCAUUUCGCCGCCGGAUACCCCCUCGCCAACGACGCUACCGUCCGCGAGGUCAAACUAUGCGCGCUCAAAGUCGGAGGCACUGCUGGAGACCAACUUUGACGAUCCGUCCGCGGUGCCGGCGAUGCUGAGCUCGGACAGCCGGAGCUACUCGCAACCGCUCGAAACGGCAAUGUGAGGUCUGGGCGGCG